AUGGCGAACAAGCAAGAUGUCGAGUUCAAGACGAUCGAUGGGCUCACGCUCCGCGGAUGGCUCUUCCCAGCGGCACAACGCGGUCCCGCCAUCAUCAUGACCCCUGGGUUCAACCUCACCAAAGAUAUGAUCAUAUUCGAGGCCGGACAGUACCUGAACGCAGCGGGCUUCACCGUCAUGGGCUACGAUCCAAGAUGCGUUGGGACGAGCGACGGCACGCCGCGCAACGACAUUCAGCCCAUGAAGAACGUCGAGGACUACCACGAUGCGCUCACCUUUCUCAAGGUGCACAAGGCAGACCUCGUCGACCCGACCCGUAUCGCGUACUGGGGCUACUCAUUCAGCGGCGCAGUGGCCCUUUGCGCGGCGGCGCUCGACAAGCGCGCCAAAGCCGUCGUGGCCGUGUCAACUCUCACCACCUGGGAGUUCUCCAAGUGGCGCCAGGUGCUGGCCAAGGCCAUGAAAGACCGCGAGUCGCAGCUGGCGGGCAACCAGGGCAUUUACCUGCCCAUGCUGACCGAGGCUGGUGAGCAGCCCGCUGGCUUCGGCACUGGCUACGAGAAGGAGGACGUCCUCGGCAUUAUCAAGCGCCAUGCCUCGAUCGAGCCCAGCUUCGUGACGCGCACUACGCUGCAGACCUACUAUAACAUGGCCGCCUUCCGCCCGAUGGCGCUCAUGCCAUUUGUGAAUCCCACGCCGGCUUUGGUCAUGACGGGCGAGAACGAUGAAAUCUCGCCGCCGGAGCUGCAGAAGAAGCUGAUCUACGACGUGUUCCAGGGGCCCAAGGAGUUUGUGACCAUACCCAAUAGAGCGCAUAUGGACGUAUUGACUGGAGAUGGGUCGAUGGAGACUUUCAGUAUCCAGGCCGACUUUCUGCACCGCGCCAUGGGUACAGCAGGGAAAGUAAUUGCUACGUAG